AUGGCCAAAGGGCGCAAGGCGCAGACCGCAUUGCCUGACUUUAUAGAGUUGUCGGACGACCGCAAGAAGGUUCGAUGCAGCAUAUGCAAAGCGCUGCGCGGACAAAAUAACGUUUGGAUCCAGAAAGAAAGUUUAAGUUCUCACUUGAAAUCCGACGUUCAUGCCCGUUCCGUCCACGCCAAGCAGGAUAGGGAUAAUAUUCGUUCCGCUGGGGAACGGUCUUUGCGAGAAGAAAGCGCCAUUGAGGAGAGGAUGGACUUUGCUACAUUAUCUUCAACAAUUGAACCAGCAGCAACGACAAAAGCACCCGUUUCUAAACCAAGUGCGGAAGAACAAGAAAUGUGGGACGACGGAGCAUUUUCCAACGAUAUCUUCAGCGCAGGAAUCGACCAUACAGCCGCGGCAGCCGAAGAAAGGAAACGCCUGGAGAAAGAAGCCACUGAUUUUGAUCUCUGGCGCAGUGCCGAUUUCCUUCCUGAAGAAGACCCAAAUGAUGGUGAACUACUGCUCGACCAACUCGAACAGGAAGAUGUAUUAACUGAGUUGCUACGGAAUACAUACGUGAAUAUUCCGGAAGGGGCUGACAUACUUGACAAAGAGGCGCAAGAUCGUGCAAGUCAGCCUAAGACGUCUGAAGCUUGGUCGCCAUACACAUCAAAGACGAUGUUUCUCCUUGAUACUCUUGACAACCUUCCCAGAAUGCGACUUUCAAACUCACUUAUGAACGCGUUUCUCUGGGUACUCCGCGAAGCAGGGGCUCGAGAUGUCCCCUCUUUAUACCACCUUCGUCAGGUGCAGACCUCUCUCCGGAAGUCAUCGGGGGUGCCAACUGUACAGCACAAGUCCCCUAAAGGAAACAUUUAUUCCAUGAACGAUCCACGUACUUUGGUGGCUAUGGACUGGGCCAAUCCCUUAGUAUGCGAUCAUAUCCGUCGUUAUCCGGUAAUUCCCCCAGACGGCGUUAUUUCUGAGGUUUAUCACGCUCAGAAAUGGCGGAAGGAUGUGGAUCGACAUACGUUAAGCCCUAUGUACGACGCUGGUGACCGCCACUACUACAUUGAUGAACUUGCCCGCCUCAAAAAUGGCAAUUUUAUUAUUCCAGUACGAUGGCUGGAGGAUAAUGAAGGGAACGUCUUUGCGGAUGCUUACGCCGUCACUUUUAAUGACCAAUUUGUAGCCAAUGUCGUUGACAGCGACAUGAUUUUAGUAAAGUCAUCGGAUUUGCAGGACAAUAUUCUAGACUUGACGGAUUGGGGUCUGCUUCCUACCUGGAACCGUCAAAGUAUCGAAUCCGGAUAUCCAGCACAUAUGCCUAACCCUGACCGUGCGCUGGCAGAAGGAGAUCCCCUAUACACCAGCUGGAUAGACGUCUUUGGCGACGACGUGUCUGGAAACAGAUCAAAGAGCUGGAAUAAACACUGGAACACCUACAUCAGUCAUCGAAACCUACCCCGAAAACUUCUUCAACAGGAAUUCCAUGUACAUUUCAUCUCAACGUCACCAGUUGCUAGUAUUUCUGAGCAGUUCCAUGGGAUUAAGCAGGUUAUUGAGGCAACGCAUAAGAAGCCGGUGAAGGUUCGUCAUGGCACAUCAGGAAUGCAAGUGCGGUUCAAGAUCUAUGCGAACUCCGGCCCAGGAGAUAACCCAGCUCAGAGCGAAGCCUGCGGCCACAUUGGUGGAAAUGGAAACCACCCGUGCAGGAAAUGCCUCGUUGGCGGGACGCAACAAGAUAAAGAAACCGAUAUUGGGUUUCAUAGCCUCUUUGAGGCCGGCGUCGCUCGUUCUGCAGAAGGGAUCCUCUUGGAUGUCAAGUCCCAGGUUGAACUGGCCUGUCUGGGUAUUGCCCAGAAUGUACAGAAUCAGCAGACUAAGAAUGGGGUUAAGGACGCUUACACCCAAUUCUGGAUUGACGACCUUAUAGCUCGGGCGCGAAUAUUGCGCAAGAACCACCCUGAACGGACCGCGCUUGAAAUCCAGGCGGAACUACUGACCUGGGUACACGAGCACAAAAGGUUUGAUCCAGCUAUCGAUACUCCUGUGGAAAUUCUUCACACCAUUCUUCUGGGCGUCGUCAAAUACUUGUGGCAUGGCUCACAUACUCCAUGGACAGCUAGUCAAAAACAGAUCUAUUCUGUUCGGUUGCAAUCUACUGAACGAUCUGGGCUUUCCAUCCAUGCCAUUCGCGCUAAUUACAUCAUGCAAUAUGCCAACUCACUAAUCGGACGGCAGUUUAAAACGAUCGCACAGGUCAAUGUCUUUCAUGUCUAUGAUCUUGUAGAUGCCACUCGGUUCCUUCUUACAAAAGCAGUUGGAGAACUUGCGGCUCUCCUGUGGAUACCAGAAAUACGAAAUAUGGAAGAAUAUCUCUCUGACAUCGAAGUCGCCGCUGCAAAUGUCCUCGACUUAUUCGCUAUGAUUGACCCAUCAAAAAUGACGUCUAAAAUCAAACUCCACCUUCUUGUGCACUUGAAAGAAGAUAUCCUUCGUUUUGGACCACUUGUUGGGGUUGCAAUGGAGGUGUUUGAGCAUUUCAAUGCUAUCUUUAGAUUCUGCUCUAUCUUUUCCAACCAUCUAGCUCCAAGUCGAGAUAUAGCCUUACAAUUGGCUGGACAGGAAACAUUGAAACAUCGCCUCACAGGCGGUUGGUGGCCAACCGUGGAUGGGGAAUGGGAGCGACCAGGGCCCUCCGUCCGUCACUUCAUUCACACUCACCCGACUCUCCAAGCUCUGGUGGGUUGGACCAGUGCAGAACCCCUUGUCAACGGUUCAUUCAGACUGGAACCGCUCAAACGAGGCACAAGUCAGAAGGCAGAGAGCCGAAAGUACAUCCCUUGGUUCCAGACACAAGGUGCUAAGGCACUUAACUGCGUUUCAGAAGAUGCCAAUUCGCAAUGGACACCCUGCCGAUUCGCUAUUGCACGUUCCGAGGACAAGUGCGUCGUAGGAUCGUGGAUCUUUGCAAAAUCACCGUUACCUCCCAGCGAACUCAUUACAGGGCGCAUUGUCGAAAUUUUAGCAAACACCACAAGCGACCGCACCGUCGUCAUACUGGACGUUUUCCAAGUCCUUUCUACUCGACAUCAGAUCUUUGGAAUGCCAAUGCUGGCUCGACGCCAGGAAGAAACAACCUAUGUGGUCAUUCCAUCGACUGGCAUAGAUUUUCUCUACAAUGUACAGCACGAUUGUCCUCUUUCAAAAUGCACUGCAUCGGGCAAGCGGCCAUUAAUGCAGGAGCGCAUCGAAUCCGGUCUGAUCCAGACCUAUAUUGAACACAGACCCAUUGAACGCUUUGUCAUUAACACACAUGCAUUCCACAAUGCGCACCUCCUUCGGGCAACCUUACCGCGUUCUCUCGUUGCUCCUAUCCCGCUUCAUGCAAACCGGCGGGCAAAACAUUUCGAAAUCGCAGGAGGCCUUCGAGUCACGCAAAAUGCCAAGCGAACAGCUCGUGCUACGCAGAAGAAGAAUGAGGCGAUAAAUCCUGCAGACAAUACGGGGUCAGGGCCCAACAAGCGAAAGAGAUUGGAAACGGAGAACUUGGAUGGGGCUGUAAUGGUUUGA